UCCUAUCACCUCUCUCCUAUCACCUCUCCUUCUCUCGUUCCCUUCAUUUGCAGAUGGCGGUGGAGUGAGGUGGCUGAGAACUAGUAUGUGUGUGAGUGAGUGGAAGGACACAUCCUCCCCUCGGAGAGAAAGAGAAAACAGAGAAAGAGAGAGAGGAAGAAGAAGCAGCUGCUCUCCAGUAACAGGGUAAGAGCAACUAACUCCAGUCUCCUGUCAUGGAUACUAACGCUGGAGAAGUAGAGGACUCAGGAGAAGAGCUUACAGGGAGGAAGAAGUCUCGGUUCAAGCUGCUGAAGAGUCGUCUGUUUGGCCGUCUGAAGAGGAAGGAGACUGAAGGACUGAUGAAGCAGAGCCAGUCCGCCAGUGAUGUCACUGCUGAUGUCAUAGCUCUGGGGGACAACGACUCAGAGGAUGACUGUUUGGGCGGUCCAAAUACACUGGGGUCCAGAGCUCUGUCACAUGACAGCAUCUUCCUGGCUGACCAAUCACAGAGCUCCUCUCAGCCGACGAGGGUUCUGUCUCAGGAGAACGUACACGGCAGGAUACGAGAACUGCAGCUGAAACUGCAGCAGCAGAACAUGUGUCUGGGCCCUCCCCCCUUGCUGAUCCCUGGAAAGAGAAUGGAAGAUUCCGGAGCCACCUCUGAGGAUGAUGGUUUACCCCAGAGCCCUCCAGAGAUCUUGUUCCAUGACCGAACAGCACAGGGGCCUUCCUACAAGUUCCCUGACACUCACAGGCACCAUAGCUCUCUGAGUUUAGCAGGGACAGGAAGUGAGGAGGAGGAGCAGUGCCUCUCCCAGCCCUCCUCCCGUCCUCUCUCCCCGAAUCCUGCUUCCCCUUGUGAUCCAGAGCCCUCCCCUGCAAUGGACUUCACCAGCCCAGCCCAGUACACUCCUAGCCUGGACAGCUCUGCCGCCCGUCACCGCAUGUCUGUUAAACCCAGGAACCAGAGGGCCAGCGCCAAGGGAAGGAAAGGUCCCCUGAGAGCAAGCAGACUCGGCUCAGAGAGCCUGAGUGACCUGGACUCAGACCAGCCCCAGUCUGAGAGGGAGGAAGAGCAGGAUGGAAUGGAGGACGAGGACAGAGAGGAAGAGGGGAGGGAGCGACCGUUCUCUUCAUCUCCAAAAGACUCUGAGGAGAAGCCCUGGCAGUCAGUCCCCCCUGGUGGUCAGAAAGAAGUAUUACAGAGACAAGUGUCCUCUGAGACAGAGGGACGCGUCACCACCAACCCUCUCUACCUCCAGGCUAUGACCUCUCUACCAGAACCCAUGACCAAGACCUCCAUCCUGGAGACCCCGAGCCUGCCCACUCCCCCUUCAGCAGCAGUGGAGGAGCCACAGAAGCCCCCGGAACCUAUCCGGGUCAAACACCCAAGAACUCUCAUCCAGGAUAAUUCAGACCAGGGAAGUCGGCCUGGGUCUACAUCUGAAAAGACCCUCUCCAGGCCUCUCAGUCCUGUCUAUGGAUCAAAUAAUGUCACUUCCACCACAAAUCAACUGCCAUCAAAAGAGAAGCCAGAAGAGAAUAUGACCCCAGCCACCUCUAACAAGGGAGACAGGUUGAGCAGAAACACACAGGGUGUGAGCCUAGCAGACACCAGCAGCUCUACACACCACUCUGCUCUACCUACCCCUGCCCCUCGCGUUAUAAGACAGACACAGAGACCUGCUUCUGAGAGAGAGUCUGUCAGAGAGACUACAGCAGUCCCACUGUCGGGCGUUAAUGAAGAAACCUACAAAUUGGACCUGGCGCAGAGGAGGAGAGGGCAACCUACUGGCCACGAAGACACACUGCCUAGAGCAAACAGUUUCUCCAUCUCCUCCUCAAGACAGCGUUCCAAGAGCGCCACUGGCAGUGCCCACACAGGGACGAGAAACAAGGAGAUGAAUGCAGAAGGAAAAGGAGGGGAGGGUUUGGUGGCCAAGAACCCUCAUCAGGAGUCUGUCAGAAGGCAAGAGGUAAAACCAGAGCAGGCCACUUUUAAAGGCCUGGAGGAAAACCAACCACAACCCGCGCCUCAGGAGAGAAAAGUACAAACAGAGGUAGAAGUAGUGGAGGAGACAGGACUGAAGGGAGGAGAGAAAAGGGAUGGGCAGAGUGAGGGAAAUGGGGAGAAGGAGCAGGAGCAGGAGAGGAGGAGUGCUUUCGGAGUGAAGCUGCGCACCACUUCUCAGUCUCUGAAGUAUCGCUUGCAAAGGGACCAAGAAUUCAGGGUUAAGUGUCAUAUUGUCUCAACAACUGCAGAACCAGUCAAAGGCGAAAUUGGCACAAGUUCAAAGGUCAGGGGUGACUUGGCAAAUAAGGCUUCGAGGAAGGGCCCGUCACAAGUGUCUGACUGCCCCCCCUCAUACACCCCUGAUAGAAACAGACUCAACGAGAACCAAGACAAAGGCCCAUCCUCCAGACCUGCUCUGGGGCUCCCAAGAGGGGCUGAGACCCCUGGGCCUAAUGGGUCAGCUGGAUCGGAGCCUGUCUGGAUGUCCAUGGCCCGGGAAAAGACCAGGAGUCUCCAACAGCAUCUCAGUCCAGAGACAGAGCCUGGGACAGGGGGGACAACAACGCCCCAGUACACCCCAGCACCACGGCCAGCUCCAACCCCAGCCCCACAGCCUAGAUUACAACCAACUGCUCAGCCAUCAACACAACCUCCAUCACAAUCACAGCCAAGCACAAAAACAGCCUCGCAAAAACAAACAUCAGCCCCAGUGGUACAACCACCAUCUCAACCAAUACCAAGCGGUAGACCAAUCCUACGGGGAAUGCAACUGACAGCUAAACUCAAAGCAUUGCCUUCAGAUCAGCCUAACACACAAACAGCAUCACAACCGACACCACAAGGAACUGCUCAACAGCUGACACAACCGUCCUCCCAACCUCACAUGCCAAGCAGACCAACUCUACGAGGAGCGUCUGAGAGAUCCUCCAGGUCUCUGAAGAGAGCUGAGAAGAUGCCUGUGGAGAAAUGGACAGAAAGAGCGCUCCCGACUGGGACUAUGGAGGAAUCUAGCGAUGGUCAAAUUGAGAUUCACAUCGCAAAGCCUGAGAGACCUUCUUCAUCGUCAUCAUCAUUGUCACACCAGGGUCAGCCAACCUGGAUGGAACUUGCCAAGAGGAAAUCUCUGGCCUGGAGUGACAAGACUAUGGACUAAGAGAAAUGCACGUGUGUGUGUGUGUGUGUGUGUGUGUGUGUGUGUGUGUGUGUGUGUGUGUGUGUGUGAGGGAGGUAAAGGUGUUCCUAAAGAGAGUAAGAAGACUGAAAUAAAAUAAAGAUUUUUUCCUGA